CCAACAACAACAUCACAACAUCAACAACAGCAGCCACAACAUCAACAACAGCAGCAACAACAGCAACAGCCCAAACAACAGCUCCAACAACAACAGCAACAACAACAGCAGCGGCGGCGGCAGGGGCCGGUCUUCUCGAGUUGAAACGACGCCUCAAGUGGGGGAGAGUGAAGUUGUUUUCUUAACGCGAGGCAGAGAAGGGAAGCGGGACGAGACGGGACGUGGUGGUGGUGGUGGGUGGUGGUGAAGCAGGUCGGCCGGAGUGGUGAAGCAGGUCGGCCGGGGUGGUGGUGGGGGUGGUGAAGCAGGUCGGCCGGGGUGGUGGUGGUGGGUGGUGAAGCAGGUCGGCCGGGCCUCUCUUCAUGCCAUGUGGACGCGACCCGAGGAAGCGUCGACGGGCGGCGCGCUAUGGAGCACGGAGCGCCACAACGCGUUCUUCAGCCUGCAGAAGCGACGCGCUCUGGCGGGGUUGCUGGCCGGGACCCUGGACACUUCGUCUAGCGGGAAAGCGGCCCCCUACCGCAUCCUCUACCAGAGCCACUCUCAGCCCUGCUGGUCCAUAGCCACAGGCACGAGCAAGGAGGAGAUCGAAGAGCACUGGCAGUGGCUGGAGGUCAACCUCCUGCAUAUCCUGCCCGUGUUUGAGAGCGACGGGGACAUCACCGACUUUGUCCUUGGAAAAAUAAAGGGGAUCAUUGCGGAGGAGAUGAAGGGCGAGGGAGACGGUGCCGAGCGCACGCGCGGGGAGGCGCUGGUCCGCUUCCGCAAGUUCUUUGCAGCGCCCAGCACCGAGCUGCUCGUAGUCGCCGUGUCGUGCAGCUACUGGAAGGGGCGCAUGCCGCGCCAGGGCUGGCUCUACCUCAGCGUCAACCACGCCUGCUUCUACUCCGUGCUGCUCGGCAAGGAAGCCAAGCUGGCGAUCCCGUGGGUGGACGUGGUGCGUCUGGAGAAGAAGGGCUCUGCCCCAUUCCCGGAGGCCGUCGUGCUGACGACGCGGCACGUGCAGCACAACUUCUCAAUGUUCCUCAACGUGGCCGAGACGCACGUGCUCAUGGAGCGGCUGGCCGACGCCGCCGUGCGCCGCCUGCUAGACGGGGAGCGCGUGGAGCUGGGCGACGACGAGCGCGACGGUGCGCCAACAACGUCUCCAGCAGCGGCGCAGCCGGGCGCCGUCGGCGACAGCCCCGGCAAGCGCGGCGGGGCCACGGCGCUAAAACGUGAGCUGAUCGGCCGUGCGCAGAGCGCUCGCUUCAGGGCGCAGUUCCGACUCCCGCGGUCGGAACAGCUGGAGGUGGAAGGCGACUGCACCGUGUGGCUGCCCUCGGACAAGUCUCACGUGUCCGGCCGCCUGCACGCCUCGCAGAGCUACAUCUGCUUCGCCAGCCGCGACGACAGCAUCUGCACCAUCGUCGUGCCGUUCCUGGAGGUGGUCGUCAUAGAGGCCGCCACCAGCUCCAGCGUGCUGCCCAACGCGCUGGCUGUGAGCACGCAGAACCGCCUUACAUUCCUGUUCGCCCACGUGCGCGAGCGCGACUCGCUGCUGCUGCACCUGCGGCAGGCGCUCGUGCGAGCCCGGCUGCGGAGCGUCGUGCGCUCGCGCUGCGGCGACGGCGACGGCGACGACGACGACGACGACCGCUGCAAAUCCGUCUGGGAGGUAAUUCCGUGCGAGAGCAACAGCCGCGACGAGGAGGUGGCAGGACACGAGCCACGUGGGUCUGAGAAAACCAACGGCGCCGUGAGCUUCACAGGGACACAGCCGCUCCUCAACGUCUUCUAUCAAGGUGGCUUCGAGGAGCCCAAUAUAAAACUGUCGAAGGAGGUGUCAAAGGAGGAGAUGUGGCGGAAGCACUUCCAGCAGUUUGGCCGCGCGACGUGCAUGUACGUGACGGAGCACACGCGCCACCUCGUCAUGCAGGGCAUCCCCGUGCGGCUCCGUCGAGAGCUCUGGCUGCUCUUCUCAGGGGCGGUGCACGACAUGGGCUCGAAUCCCGGGCAUUACGCGGAGCUGGUGGAUCGCUCGCUGGGCCGCGCCAGCAUCGCCACGGAGGAGAUUGAGCGCGACCUCCACCGCUCGCUGCCCGAGCACCCGGCCUUCCAGCACCCGCUGGGCAUCGACGCCCUGCGCCGCGUGCUCACGGCCUACGCGCACCGCAACCCGCGCAUCGGAUACUGCCAGGCCAUGAACAUUGUGACGUCAGCUCUGCUCAUCUUUGCGAGUGAGGAGGAGGCUUUCUGGCUGCUGGUGGCUCUGUGUGAGCGGCUGCUGCCGGACUACUACAACAACCGCGUGGUCGGUGCCCUCAUCGACCAGGGCGUGUUCGAGGAGCUCAUCGCCGAGUUCCUCCCGACGCUGCACGAGCGCCUUCAGGAGCUGGGCUUCAUCGCCACCACGUCGCUCUCGUGGUUCCUCACGCUCUUCCUGUCGGUGCUGCCACUCGAGAGCGCCGCGUGCGUGCUCGACUGUUUCAUGCUGGACGGCGCGCGCGUCCUCUUCCAGCUGGCGCUCGCUGUUCUACACGCCAACGCCGAGCCGCUGCUCGCCUGCCGCGACGACGGCGAGGCCAUGAUGCUGCUCGGACGGUACCUGGACAGCGUGGUAAACGUGGACAGCAUCCUGCCGUGCGUGCCCAGCAUGCACGCCACGGCCAACUUCGACGGGCAGCCCCUGGCCCCCAUGGAGAUCUCGGACCUCCUGCACACAGCCUACGAGAGGUUUGGCAGCAUCAAAUCGGAGCUGAUGGAACAGAUGCGUUUCCGGCAGAGGCUCAAGGUGAUCCAGUAUCUGGAGGACACCACCAAGCGCAACGUGGUGAGGGCAAUCUCAACUGGGCCCACUGGCUUCACAGCAAAAGUGCUUGAAGAUCUGUUUGAUUUGUUCAAGCUCGUUCACGUGCAGAGCGUCUACUGGGCCACCGACGGGGGCCGCGCCGCGCUGGGCCGCCACGACCCGAGCCUGCCGUACAUGCAGCAGUACCGCGUGUGCCUCGAGCAGUUCCUCCGCCUCUCGGCGCACCUUUCGCCGUGGGCGUGCGGCGAGCAUUCGGCCUGCCUCUUCUCGCGCGUCUUCUCCGCGAUGGACGUCGCUCGCACCGGCCUCAUCAACUUCCGCGACUUCGUGCUGUGGCUCGGUGUGCUCUACAACGGAGACUUGACGGAGAAACUGCGAAUGUUGUACCGACUGCAUCUCAUAGAAGAUUCGGACGCUGCAGAUCGCAGUGACGCGGAGGAUGGGUUCAUAAACAUGGACGCACAGAACAACACUGACAGGAGAGCGAGCCAGAAGGAGGCGGUGGACUACAGACAAAUGCUGCGCAAGUGGGAGGAGGAGAAGGAGGAGAGGGAGAAGUCUAUGAAGGAGUUGCCAAAAAUGAACCAGGGUCAAUUCAUCCAGCUGUGCAAGACGCUUUACAACAUGUUCAGCCAGGAGCCCAACGAGCAGGAACUGUACCAGGCCAUCGCCAUGGUGGCCAACCUGCUGCUCAACAUCGGCGAGGCUGGGCGGCGUGCGGGACCAGCCUCGCAGUCACGACCCGCCGCCUCGCCAGGAACGGCCCCGCAUCCGGACCCUCCCAAUUCAAGGACGAGCCAGACAGAGACUGACACUUCGAGGACCGACCAGGCAGGAACUACCGAGGCACAGCCCGCUGAGCUAAAUGCCGCAUUCUCGAGGACGACCGGAACAAGAGAUGCCGAGCUAGGGAUGACGCGGCCGGGGACCAGCUGUUCGAGGACGACGCAGGCAAACCUGGGGGAUGCAGCGUCACCCAGUCCAGGGUCACGUGGGACGGGACAGCCGCCCCCCAAUGUGGAGGCUUUGACAAAGUGUGAGACGGAUGCAGACGAGCCCGAAGACCCCAACACGCCGAGUCUGGCGGCUUCUUCCACCUCCUCAUCCUCCUCCUCUACAUCCACCUCCUCCGUACCAUCCUCGUCCUCCACCUCAUCAUUCACGUCCCCGGCCUCUUCUCCCUCCACGACGUCCCCCUAUUCCUCGCGCGGCCCCUCCUCGUCGUCGUCCGUGUCGUCAUCGCUGGCGACGCCGAGCGGCGAGGUUGCCUCCUGGUCCAUCUCGUGCGAGCAGUUCCUGGCGUCGCUGCUCACGGAGCCCGCGCUCGCGGCCUUCUUCGAGAGGCCCUGCGACGUCGAGGCAAAGAUCCGCGCCGCCCAGGCCGCCUCCACUAUGGGCAGCAGCUCGUCCUCACUCGGCGAGCCGCCCUCGUCCCCUCCUUGACGACGUCGUUACACCCCCAUCCCCCCCCCCGCCCCCCCGUCCCCCCCCCAUGACCUCUUGCGCGCCGCACGCACUUUUGCGACGCUAAACCCGUGGCCUUUCUCACCCGGGGGGGUCUCGCGAGCCGUGCGACCUGUCGCGCGUGACCGCGAGCGCUUGAACAGCUAAUCCCCUGGUUGUUGUUGUUGUGGUGGUGGUGGUGUCAUGGAGCUGUUAUUGUUGAACACCAAACUGCGCGAGUGACAAUCACAAAGCACAAUCGCCGUUUGUUGACGCACCGCUACGAGACGAUGAAUGUAAAUAGUCCAAUGGAUUGGGAAAUGGCUGCAAUUUGCUUCUAGAAUAAUUAUACCAAUUAUAAUUGCAGUUGGGUGUGAGUGGGUCAGGAAGCUUGAAUCGCAUUUGCAUGAAUGUGAGUUCAAAGCCUGAUCCGACGCCAAAAGCCCUUCAUACCAGUAAAAUUAUUACCACGUUGUGGGAAGUCAUCAAUGGUCAUCCUAUGGAUGGAAUGGCUCCCACCGUGGGAAUGUGAAAUUUCCACCAUUGGAUCAAGGAUGAAAAUGGAGUUUGAGCGCUCUACCCCUUUGCUUUUAAGAGCAGAUUUUAUUGAUUUGGAGCGACAGUAAAAUUCACGCGCAAAGUCACGUAAAGUGAUUGUGAAGGGGUUUUUAGUGAAAACUUGCUGUGCUGCAAUUUUUAUAUUUUUGCAGCGCUCCCAAUGCUCCUACUGAUUGAGGUGUGGCACGUGAAAAUUGGCACUGCUGUCCAGUUUGGGUACGAUGUUCCGCACUGCCCUAUUGGGCUUGUUUUUUUGUUGUUGCUUCGAGCCCUGCUGGGUCGCCGGGCAGCUUAAAACGCAGCAAGUUGGAACGGUGAAGGGACGACUGGUGCGUCUGCCAGGCAUCUGAAGUUGGUCGGCCCCCGUGGCACAUGCGUCUGUCCGGUGGCCUCCCAAUCAGCGAGGCUUCGACGCUGAACGUGGCACAGGCGCCGUGGUGACGUCACCGCCACGCCACUUAGUGGCGAAUGGCAGCUCUUGCUGCUUACGACGAGUGAGGUAUCGCAUUUUGCAUGCAAAGUGAUGCAUUAAUUGUGCACACGCACGGUCGUAUUUAUUUUUCUGCUUCAUUUGGAAUGUGGGAGAAAAGGCACUGCACAUUUUUGAUAAAUGCGCCAAUGUUAAUUUCACCUUUCUUAAGGUUGGUCAACACAUUUUUAUAUAUAUAAAAGGCCAAAACAACGUUAUUCUGAGCACUAACAAAUGUUAGCAUGCGUCUUUCAUUCAGGUUGGGGCACGAGCCCGUUGUUUCAUGCUAUGCAUAAACACGCACUUAUAACUAACUAGUAUCUCAAGUACGUGUCAGGACUGCUCUUUUUGAAGUCUAUUUUGUGCACUCGUUAGAAACUCGACGUGCGGGUCUGACACUGGAAAAAGGUUUUCCAGCUUUCCAACAAGGAACUGUCUUAACUUUGUUUAAAUGUUUAACUUGUUGUUUCUCGAGUCUAGUUUUGCGUUUAUCGCUGUAGUGGUGAAACUUUUAGGUAGUAAUGUCGAAAACUAGUCGGUUGGUUGAUUUUUAUUGAAGUUUGGUGCGAUUAGUUAUUAUUUAUGAUUGAGCCUGCAGUUAGGUUUUAUUGAGGCUGAGGGGUUUUGUUUAAGCUCGGCCUAUCUUGGUAGCCUUUACUGGUACACUAGCCUUCAGGAAAGUGGAUUCACUGAGGUAAUAUACUGUGCUUGGAUACUUUUUAUAUCAUCUACAUAACCUCUUCGACACCAUCAAGAGACGAUGGACAUGUACGUUUAAGUUUAGAAUACGCAUCCACACUUAAGUGGGUCUUUCAUGUUUAAGUUAAUUCAGAAUUCUAGUACGCAUAAGGCAUGGACAACUUAACAAGAUCCCUUCGCUCCCAUCGGCAACAAUCAUUCAUAUGGGCAUACUAUAAGUGGGUCCUUUGGUGGAGACAAGGGUUGGUGGACCAUAUAUUUGUGAAACUUUACAUUCAACUGGGCUGCGAGGUGGCCAGAUGGUACAGCAACAAAUGGAUGUAUGAACUUGUUAAUACCUCUCCCCUAUGCGUGGAGUUUCUCCGGCUACUGGUUCCUUCCCACACUUCAGACACUUGCUACAAUGGAGUUAGCCAAACAUGCAAAUGCAGGGCCCUCCUGAAAUAUUUUGGAGACUCCGUAUGGUGUUUGUUUCUGGAUAAGCCAGCUUAUUACCCUGGAAGAAGUACAACAGUAUACUGUAUACUACAAUCUCUGGAGUAAUUUAUUGCAAUUGUAAUCGUGCAGUGGCAUCAGUAAUUGUACAUUCCAUAUCUCGGGAGUUGAUGGGCUCUGCAAGGCCCGAGAUGAACCUUCAUCGGUCCAUGAACUUGGAGAUUACAAGUCGGCACCACUCUUCAUCUUUACUUACAUCUUGUUAAGCGCAUCACAAUGUAACGUUUGGUCUUCUGUUCAUGCACAUAGUUGCUUGCCAAAACCUAGCCUAUAAAAUGUUUUUAAAGCAUGAGAUGUCUUCAUUACGUAAGUUUAAUUCAGAGGCCCUUGCCUGUUUGCAUUUAUUUCUCGGUAAUGUCAUUCACACGGCAAAUGGCACCUCUUCACAUAUAGCUCGACUGGGUUGCAGAGGCCACCAGUAGAAUUUGGCAAACUGCAUGUGCUUGCACAGCCGACCUCGAGUUUCAUGGUUUCGUGUCAAGUGUUGGUUAUUGCAAUCGGGGCAACAUUUUAGUAUACUUAUUCCAAAGUGCAAAUACUUGCCUCUGGCAUUUCUUUUUCUGGCGAGGUAUAGACUGCAAACCUUUACGCUGUCCGCCUCAACUUGUUUUUUUGAUGUUGCGGUCAAUACUGUUACCAUUCUAUAUUGUUCCUAUAUUGUAGUGGCUUUAAAUACAUUGCUGUAGUCCAUGCUAUUGUCCUGUUCAAUAUGCCUCACCUUUGGUUGUUUGGUAGCAUUGAAUUCAACUUUAUUUCAGUAUACUGUCGUUUUAAUAGGCCCAUGCCAAGUUUUGUUUAAAGGUGGCAACACGUCAUCGGUUGCCAUUUACACCCAUGUUAACCACAUGUAGUGUUAACCUGAAUUUCACUAGAGGCUCAUUGUGGAAUCCAUAAACUCAGCAGUGGUUAUUACAGAAACAUUUGUAAAGGUGACCACUUAAACUGUAUCGUUCCAUACUCUUAAGACUUGUGAAAGAAAUCCAAUCGACUGAAAGCACAACAGUAAAAGCAUAUUUUUUAGGUAAUCUUAUUGCAUUAACUUUCAGUUGGAAAUUUCAAAUUUUCCAUUUUUACAUGCUGUGUUAAAUGUAUUCAAUGACAGUGUAGAGUGGAUUUAUUCCAGUUUCUUAACAUUUCGAGCCAUACCUUGUCAAUGUAAAGCAUCCAAAUGUGUGCUUAGGGUGAAGUACAUCUUGACCAUCAAGUGUUAAUAGUAUUCAAGGUUGGGCUAACGAACAAUAUUCACUAUUCAACGACCUUUGUUCCAUUACUGAAGUGAUUAUAACCCAAAAGGGAUUGUAAAUAGGUUUUUUUUAAUUGGUUUGACUUAGGUCGGGUUAAGACUACAUUUUAAGUUGUGAAUUUCCAGUGUACACAGCUAUUUUCCAUUUUGUAUAGCUUGUACUGUGUUCAGUAAGUAAAAAAAAACUGCUUUAAUUUUUUUAUGUGCAAUCCUGUCCAGAGCUUUACCCAGUCCCUUGCGUUGAUGUUAUUAAAAUGACUUUGUAUUUA